UUCAAUAUUCAGUCAUUCAGUCCGGAGUUUCUGGCCGUAUCGACCUCCUGUUUCAAUUUCUAGAGGCGUUAAGUAAAGAAGUCUCGAGUUUCAGACCGGCUCGUCUCCGGAUUCUGUGCGAGUGGCAACGAAGUGUGUGGAUACGUAUUUAUUUCCGAAGGGGAGACGAUAAUACGAUUACUGGGAAUUUCAUUUAAAACUGAUCGAUUUGUUUACCUGCUGCUGUCUGCUGUGAAUCCGCUAAUCGAAUAUUCGCAGGUGAUAAACUCACCAUUUGUAAAUGCAAUAACGCGCAAUACCGCAUAAGAAUUUUUUUGUAAACUUGUACGAGCUGACAGUUAUUUAAUCUCAUCAAGGAAGUGUCUCUUAAAAAGGAUACUGGUAUCCCACGAUUGAAAAUGGUGAAAGUAGCGCUAUGGAUUACAUGCAGACUCGACAACAUUGAGGAACUGAAGCCGUCGGGGCCUGAGUUCAGAUGGUGCCUCAAGUUUAUUUGUUGUAACUGCAGCAAUAAAUCAGAGAAGUGGAACUAUAUUUCCCUGGACGAGUCGGUGCCGUUGCAACGGGGCAGCGGGGUGUCCAAUUUUGUAUGCAAGUGCAAGUUCUGUCAACGAGAGAACUCUGUGACGAUAAUCGAGGAUUCAAUUAAGUCCUUCACCGAGGACGACCAGGGAAAAUUUAAGAGUAUCGUUGUGUUUGACUGCCGGGGUAUGGAACCAGAUAACUUCUCCGCGGGGGAAGGAUGGAUAGCAAAGGCUGUGAAUGGUGGCAAGGAAUUCACCGAUGUGGAUUUGAGCGAGGGCGAAUGGGAGGACUAUUGCGACAAGAUUAUGGAACCUGUUGGAAUAUACGAGUUUCAGCAUAUGUUCCAGAAGGUUAAGUGAAAUCGUGUUUGGAAGAUAUACCUACCUGCCGUGCAUUUUAGUCAUCAAAAUUUUAUAACAGAUAACGGAUUUUCCUGCUAGUUAACGAAAAAGCAACACGUGUCUGUUACGUGUAAAUAUGUAAAGAUAUGCAUUACAGUUUUUCAUGUCUCUUUCACUUCUUGUGCACAGAUUGUUAAUAUAUAAAAUGAUAUAAAACUAUACAGGAUUGUUAGAUUUCUUAUCAAAAGGAUAAUUUAACUCAGAUUUCAUUCAUCAUAUAAUAGUUAAUAAUAAUUUUGUUAGACCUCAUAAAAAAAUAUCUUACUUAGACUUAAAGUUUAAGAGAAUAUUGUUACACACACGUACGUACGACAAAUGUCAUCAUGUUUGUGUAAAGAAGCACAACUUGCUAUAUGAUAAGAAUUACUGCUUUCUAAUAAACGUAUAGUCGUUUUGUAAUUUUGAAUAUCUCUUCUUUGUAUAGAAAUGUUCUCCGGCGAUGGGGUAAUAUGUUUGCGCGCACAAAAAUGUUUUCGAGAUCCUCUCUCGUCAAGGCAAAGAGUAAAAGCAGUACCAAUCCAACGACAUAAUAUAAUUUAUUCAUAAUCAUAUAAAAAACCAUUUUAUUUCAUAAAUGGCUUGGUACACAAGAGAUGUCGUUUGCAACAAUAAUUCCACUUUGCCUCCUAGCACGUUCGGAGUUGCCGAAUCCAUACCCUGCGUGAAUAAUCGAGUGACUAGUGUCGUUUUGCGGCAAGGGCGAUGCUCGGAAAAGCCAUGAGGCUCACCGAUUCGCGAAUCGAUUCGGACAACUUGCCUCUCCUCCAUCACCGUGACGCAAACUGCAUUCUUGGAAUGUCGAUGCGAUCGCAUAAAAAUCAUCGAACUUAUGACAACGACGCACUAAUCCCCUUACGAUUAUAAAAAAUUAAAAUAUUCCUUGAUUAAAAAAUUAUGUUAUAUACAGUGUCUUCAUUUUUUUUUCAUGUAUAAAACUCUCGAACAACUUUCCACUUAACGAUACUCGGCGUAUCGCGCAAAGACUUUCGCUUACGAUCGGAGUAACUCUCGCAGUUCUGUCUCCACAAUAAGCUAAAUCACGAAAAAAUCACGAUGAAUCACGAAUCAAAAAGAAAUCAUAGAGACAAUAUUUAUGACAAUAAAUCACAAAUUCAAAAGAAACGAAGAGAGGAAGAAACAAAUGUGUAACUUCGUUUACUUGACGAUUGCCUAAUGCACUAAUGCUACGCUAUAUUUGUCUAAUGCUUUCGUUUACUAUGCUUCCUAAUAUCUAACACAAAUAAAUAUAUCGCGUGCGCAUUACAAUCCGCCGUUCUCGCAGAAUCUUUAACGUAUAUUGAAUCACAUGUAAGUAACCGCUAAAAAUUUUUAAUUUAACAAUCGAUAACGCUAUCAGUCUAUUCUCACAAAAAUAUCACUAUGACCGAACAUACCGUGUCGAUGAUACAACCAGAGUCCAAAAUUGUGAAAUCGACUGAAAAAUUCAAUAAAUAAAAUAAAUAACACAAACUUUCAGAAUCUUCAAAAU